AUGGAAGACCGAAGCAAAGAAAAGCAUAGAGAAUAUUGUAAAGCCCGAAACAAAGUCAAGAGAUUAACUCGCAAAGAAAGGAAGGAGAAAGAGAGACAAGUAGCAGAAUCGGCAAAGACUAACAAUAAAAACUUCUGGAAGUAUGUUAACUCCAAAAGGAAGAGCAAAAGUGGUGUUUCAGAAUUGCACGAAAAAACAUCCAAAGGGACAUUUGUGGCAAGUAAGGAUCAGGACAAGGCAGAAGUGUUGGCGAACUUUUUUAGUAGUGUUUUUACAGAAGAAGAUGUGAACUCUUUACCACUAGUUGAUAUAACAAUUGAAAAUACAAGGUCAACUGAUGAUGAGCCGAUUACUCAAGAAGAGAAAUCACUAGAAACAGGAAUAGUACCAGAUAGCUGGAAAGUAGCCAUAAUUACAGCUUUAUUUAAGAAAGGUGACAAGAAGUCGGCAUCAAACUACAGACCUGUCAGCUUAACAAGCAUACUAUGCAAGAUGAUGGAGAAGAUUUUUAGGAGGAGAAUAAUCAAGCAUAUGGACAGCUUAGAUUUAUUUAGUGACAAGCAAUUCGGAUUCCUGAGUGGGAGAUCAACAACCUUACAAUUAAUUACAGUACUCGAUAAAUGGACUGAAAUCCUGGAUAGAGGAGGCGUUUUUAAUGCAGUUUAUAUGGAUUUUAUGAAAGCAUUUGAUAAGUUUCCAAGUCUUUAG